AUGUCGCAAGUUCCCUUCUUGGCACGGUUUGUCUGUCCUUCUGAGAUAUUGUACCAGAAACCCUCUGGAGCUAGAAACGUUUGGUUUAUAUAUAUUUUCAUGGAUAAAAAAAAACAGAAUGUGCUAGUGAAAGACGAGAGAAGGAUUGGAAAGAAAAGAGGAAAUCAAAAAGGCGUGUUCGCGGCUAAGAAAUUCUGCCAUUCGUUGUUUUAA